CUGCUGUGGCGUGUUGAUAUAAAUUUGAUGGGAUUGGAUUUCUUGUCACUGGCAACUGGUUAAAGUAGAUCACACUGAAAAUGAAGUGGACACUAAUCCUCCUCGUUGGUAUCUCCUUGGCUAACACUAUUUUGAGUUGGACGUAUCAUUACUCAAACAACACCAUGAACUGGACCCAGGCCCGACAGUAUUGCCAGACCAAUUUCACAGACAUGGUGGUCAUCCAAAGCCAGAAAGAGAAUGACUAUAUUGUCUCCCUGCUGCCAAACAAAACUAAAUCCCCAUAUUAUUGGAUUGGAAUCACCAAAAAACACAUAAAAGAAAUUUGGACCUGGCUUGGGAAUAACAGCACAUGGAUUGGUAACGCAUCAUGGGCAGAAAAUGAGCCCAACAACAACCACAGCACAGAGUUCUGUGUGGAGAUCUACACCAGCACAGGAAAAAACCGAGGGAAGUGGAAUGACGAGAAAUGCUCAAAUUCCAAACACCCAGUUUGUUUCAAAGCCCAGUGUAACGCAAAGUCAUGUGUCAGAGGAUCAUGUCAGGAGACCAUAGAAAACACAACCUGCCACUGUGAAAUCGGCUUUAAGGGAGACAGGUGCCAAACAGCCGUGGAAUGCCCCCAGCUGCCCCAGACUGAUAACGGAGAUUUUAGCUGUCCUGGAGGAAACCAGACAUUUAACUCAACCUGUCAGUUGAAAUGUCACUUUGGGUUCCUGCCUACUGUCCCGCUCGCCAUCACCUGCGGGGCCAAUGGUCUCUGGACUGGCCCAAGACCAAUUUGUAAAAGUUAUAAACAGGCCCUUUUGGCUAUGGCUGGAUGUGCAGCGUUGCUUGUCCUCUGCUGCGUCUGUUUCUGCUGGAUGAAACGCAGAAAAAGAAAGAAGCUUGCAAGGAACCCCGGAGAAACAACAAGUCCUUCCAGUGAAGUGCAUGGAUAAAGGACAAGUGCAACCUUAUUUGUCUUUUAAAAUAAAGACACAGUCACAGUUACUCAUAUUCAUUUUUAUAAAUAACACAUGCUAUAUGCCAAAACACAUUGGAUAAGUUGGUUAAUUUUCUCUAAAACACUGUAUGUUAGAUUAGAAUUCACUAGAUUUUCGUGUGAUAGUGCAGCAGAUUAUAUAUACCUAAAGUGCUUUUAUUGUACGAACAUCAAAAGUUGCAUUUGUUAAAUUUAAAUCGAAUUCAAUAAAGUGCAUUUGAGUGUG